AUGGAUACCGUGAGAAUAGGGUGGGCACCGUGCCAGGUCCGAGCAAGGGUCAAAAUCACCAGGUGUUUCAAAUGUUUGGAGUUUGGCCACCGCACCAAAGAAUGCAAAGGAACCGAUAACUCGAAGAUGUGCCUUAAAUGCGGCAAGGAUAACCACAAGGCCAGAGACUGCCUUAACAAAAGCUAUUGCCUAACAUGUAAAAAAGACGGUCACAGAGCUGAUCAGACUGCUUGCCCUUACUACCUUAAGCUUGUAAAAGAAAAAUCAAAAGCAAUUAGUGACACCAGACGCAGGCUCAGCACUGCACGCGGUCAAAACUUUAGUGUUCAAUAUUAA